CCCGGCGAGAAACCCGAAUAUCAAAACCCUGGAUGUCGGUGGUGGGUUCAUGCUCAAUCUCCAGUGAUCCCCUCUUGUCGAGCUCAGUCAUGGAGGGUCUGGUGACGGGCGUUUCUCCGGUGACGGAGAAUUAGGUAAUCUUGUAGCAGGAACCCAAGAUUUCUCCUUUUUUUUUCUUUGGGUUUGUGCUCAAAGAUGGAUGAAAGCGAAGAUGAUGCUAGGUAUUCAAAGAAGCUUUACUCUCUGAAUCGCCAAAAGCAUCCGAUGUACAGUCGCCCAAUCCCUAAGCGGCACGCGUAUUACCGGGAAGAAGAAGGUGACGACGAAGAGGAAGAGGGUAAUGAACUCAACGAGUAUCCGGAGCAGGACGAUGGAGAAGACGGCGUGCCACAAGGUUAUAAUAAUCGUAAAUUGGGGUCGAGUGAGGGGCUACAAAGGUUUCCCAAGAGGCAGAAGCAGAUCAAAUCCGUAUAUGGGUACGAGUUCGCGGGACCGAGCGACGCUAAAUUAGCUCAUCAAUGGACAGAGCACGAGGCAUUUGUGUUGUUGGAGGUUUGGGGAGAUAGGUUCUUGCAAUUGGGUAGGAGAAGCCUGAGAAAUGAAGACUGGAACGAAGUUGCAGAGAAAGUGAGCGAGGAGCUGAGGGGUGAGAAGUCGGAGACGCUGUGUCGGAGUAUGAUGGACGAAUUGAAGAGGAAGUACAAGAAAGAGAAAGCGAAGCUGGAGAAAUCUGGAUCGGGAUCGACCAAAUGGGUAUUCUUCAACAAGUUGGAUAUGCUAUUGGGGUCGUCUCCUCGGUCGGAUUCGGGUUUAGCUUGUGGGCUUGAUUCAGGAGAGUUUGUGUUCAUGAGCGCGAGGGUUUAUUUGGACAAAUCUAAUAGAUUCGACGAGAUGAUGGAUAGUCCCGGUGCUUCAGAGACGGGAGAUGAAGAGGAAGAAGAAGAUGACGACGAUACCGAGGAUAGAGGGAGAAAGGUUAUUGAUUCAGGCUCAUAUAGGCUAUUAGCAGAUUCGGUUCAAAGCUUGGGGAAAAUAUACGAGAGGAUCGAGAACAGUAAAAGAAAGCAUAUGAGGGAUUUGGAGAAGAUGAGAGCAGAUUUCCAAAGAGAGCUGGAGUUGCAGAAGAAGCAGAUUCUGGAGAGAAGUCAAGCUGAAAUUGCCAAGAUAAGUGAAGAGGGUGACGACGAAGAUGAUGAUGAUGAGGAUCACAAUGACAACGACUGUGAAAUGGACGAGGAUUCAUUUGCUAAUCUCAGUGAAUAACUGUGGUGGGUUGUUCAUUUCCGCUGCAAAGGUGCGAUCUUUCCAUGUAAAAAUCGAGAAUUGAAAAAGUAUGUAACUCAUAUUUUGUUCUGUUAGUAUUCUGUCAUUUAUACUGUGUCUAGGAUAUAACCAUGGCAAUUGGAAUCCAUUAAUUGAUGAUAUCUUUCUUUCCUUGUGAGGAAGAUGCAGUU